AGCACGCGGGGAGCCGAAGGCGGGAGCAUGCGGCGCGGGGACAGCGCACCCGGAGGGCUGGCGGCGGGCGACAUGGAGGACGGCGUGCUCAAGGAGGGUUUCCUGGUCAAACGGGGGCACAUCGUCCACAACUGGAAGGUGCGCUGGUUCGUCCUUCGGCAGAACACGCUGCUGUACUACAAGCUCGAGGGGGGCCGGAAGGUGACCCCUCCCAAGGGCCAGAUCCUUCUGGAUGGCUGCAGCAUCACCUGCCCCUGCCUGGAGUAUGAAAACCGACCCCUCCUCAUUAAGCUGAAGACCCGCACGUCCACGGAGUAUUUCCUGGAGGCCUGUUCUCGAGAGGACAGGGACGCCUGGGCCUUUGAGAUCACAGGGGCUAUUCACGCCGGGCAGCCGGGGAAGGUCCAGCAACUCCACGUCCUGAGAAAUUCCUUCAAGCUGCCUCCCCACAUCAGCCUGCAUCGAAUCGUGGAGAAGAUGCAUGACAGCGGCAGUGGAAUCCGGCCAAGCCCCAACAUGGAGCAGGGAAGCACCUACAAAAAGACCUUCAUUGGCUCCUCCCUGGUGGACUGGCUCAUCUCCAACGGCUUUGCCGCCAAUCGUCUGGAGGCCGUGACCCUGGCCUCCAUGCUCUUGGAGGAGAACUUCCUUAGGCCAGUAGGCGCCCGAAGCACGGGAGCCAUUCGCUCUGGGGAUCUGGCCGAGCAGUUCCUGGAUGACUCCACAGCCCUGUACACUUUCGCUGAGAGCUACAAGAAGAAGCUAAGUCCCAAGGAAGAAAUCAGUCUGAGCACCAUGGAGUUAAGUGGCACGGUGAUAAAACAAGGCUAUCUGGCCAAGCAGGGCCACAAGAGGAAAAACUGGAAGGUGCGGCGCUUUGUUCUGAGGAAGGAGCCGGCUUUCCUGCAUUACUACGACCCUUCCAAAGAAGAGAACCGGCCAGUGGGUGGGUUUUCUCUUCGUGGCUCACUGGUGUCUGCUCUGGAGGAUAAUGGUGUUCCUACUGGCGUCAAAGGGAAUGUCCAGGGAAAUCUCUUCAAAGUGAUUACUAAAGAUGACACACACUAUUACAUCCAGGCCAGCAGCAAGGCUGAGCGAGCUGAGUGGAUCGAAGCUAUCAAAAAACUAACGUGACAAGGACCUGGGGGAACAGGACCAAGAUCCCUUCUACCUACUAGAUGACACAGUCAGGAUUUACUGGAAAAUGAGUGUGUUCAAGUAACUGUUUAUUUUGUACUGUUUUGGAGUGAGUCUGGUGAAAAGUCUCCUAGAGUGCAAUUGGCAGUGGUGCUAUUUCCUUCCCCACCUUCAUGUUAACCUGGAAAUGCUAGAACAGCCAUUAGGUAUCAGCAUCCUGACUUUCGUCGAUCAUCACAACCAGCCAUUCCCUGGGCACCAAAGUAUUUUCCUUAUAACACUAACUGGCCAUGUUAUAAUACUAAAUAAAAUGCUAGUCUUAUG